GCUACCAUAUGCAAAAGGGAUAGUUGUUUCAAGGCGAUAAAAUAUGGCUAGCUUUAAUUCUCAGAUGGCCACUCAUUCGAUAUGAUCAAUCCAAGAAAAUUCAGUGAAAAGAUAGCACUUCAUAAUCAAAAGCAAGCGGAGGAAACAGCUGCUUUUGAACAAAUUAUGAAAGAAGUUGGAUUAGCUACUAGGCGCGAUAAUUCUCCUUGCAAUAAUAAUUCUCACAUAUCGAUUAACGGGUCAUCUCUGGCGCCAUGCGAUAACAACUCUAUUUAUUACGGAGGUUCGUUGCCCAACGUUAACCAAGCUCAAAUGUACAAAGGAAUUAUCGUGUCCAAUUCUAGUGCUCUCUUGGAUAAUGGUUGUCCAAAUACAGGGGUAGCUAGAACCAACGGGUGGCUAAAUACCCCUAUGUCCCCAACGAAGCAUGAAAUAAAUAUGGCUAAAUUGCAUCAACGGGAUUUUAAAAGUCAUCAAAAUAUGGUGGGGAUCGAUUUGCAAGAUGCCUUGUACACACUUAAUACCAUGAAGGGUACUAGUACACAUGAUAAUUACAUUGCGGCCAAUAAAAAUAAUAAUAUUGGUAAUACGAGACAUCGAGGAUCUAGUUUGUCCAAAUCUAGUCAAAGAGCUCGAUCUUCUCACAAUGAUAGGAAACAUAAUACAAAUCGGAUUGAUUGCAGUCCCUAUACCUCACCUUACCUUUCUCCACCAUCUCCCGAUUCCUGCUGGAGGAGAACUAAUUCCGAUUCAGCCCUCAAUCAAAGUUCGAGCCCCGCUGACCUUUCCUCUGCCGAAACCAGCCCUGACGCAAGACACUUUACAAACACGCAUUCAAACUAUAACGCCAAUCAAAGUCAUUUAUAUUUUAAUAAUGGCGGCGAACGUAACCCGAUGAACUACAAUACCGAUCAUAAUAGUUACACAUCUUCAUCCCCUUCUCCUUCCCCAAAGGGCCAUGUUUAUCAAAAUCAAACUAAUUUGGUGCGUUAUGAUAACGGAAAAGCGAAUGCUUCUACAGCCAAUAAUCAUCCUUACAUAAAUGUGUGGGACCCAUCCUUCACUUCGUAUUUUAAAUACUCUCCUCAUUUCGAAGUUUCUCCCAAGUUACUUCGUUCAAAGACCCCUAUUUCCCAAUUCCAAACGCCUAAUAAAAACUCUACCAUCCAAAAUUUUGACGACCUUUCCACUAUAAUAAGAUUAGACGACCGUGUUACUACAAAACGCAAAAAGAAGAAAAAUAUCCACAAUGGCAAGAAUAUAACUACCGAAAAUGUUAUUAAAAGAUAUAACUCCACCGGUUGCAUGGUUAAACAAUUAUUUACUCAAUCUCCUGGAACGAAUUAUCGCGUGACGACAAAUUAUGAUAUCGUUUCUCCCGUCAAAUCCGUCCAAUCAGCGUUGACCCCUGCAGGGCUCGUGAAAAAUCAACAAAAUCAAUCUAAUUUGAGCCAAACGUACCCCGUCGGUAAUAUAACGAAAACUAAAACAAGUUCUUUAACCGGCCACCACGGUCACCACAAUGAAAAUAGAGUCCACUUUAACCUCCGACCAUCCCUCUUGAACCCUAGCUCUUCGUCUUCCAAUAUGCUCAAAUUGUGUUUAUCGCAAAUAUACCUUAAUAAGAUUAAACACCAAAAUAACAAUCUUAGUGAGAAUAUGAGCGAAGUUAAUGGCCUAUCGGAUCGAUUUAGGUCUCGCGAAGUCCCUGGAAUCAAGAUAAUUUCUACUAAAAACAACGAUGACUUUCAAAAUAAUAUUGCCAUGUCGCUGAAUAAUGCCAAUAAUAUUGACUUUUGUAACAAUAUCAAUGAUAUCAACGGCAGUAACGAAUGUAACAAUACUGGAUCGUUGCCUGAUUUGUCCAGCUUACAUUUCCCUUCUUCUCUUCAUUUAUCUUUGGAUAACGAAAAUUACAUUCCCAAUUCAAGAGAGGUUUCUCAACCAUUAUCAUCUCCGCUAAACUUUCAUCACAUGUCGAAUAACGAUAUCGGCGUGAGUUCUCCUUGCAAUAACUCACAGUAUUUGAAUGUUCCGUCCCAUAUUAAUGCUCCUAUAGCUGUUAACACGGCUCAAAACAAUUUUUUGGAUAAUUUUGAAAAAUAUAAUAUUACUCAUAAUAUCAACAAUGCAAUGAAAAUCGAGGAUUUUAAGAAUGGACCCAUCAGAAACGUAAAUGGACUUAUUGGAGGAGGAAUUCCAACUAAUUAUAACUACUCCGCUUUACCGAACGAAAAUAAUAUCAGCCCUAAUUUGUCGUAUACCCUCGAUUUUGAUAUCAAUAUUAAUAAGAAUUCACCGACUCAAAUAAAUUCCUCCUCAUUGAAUCCUAGCAAUACCUCCCUAUAUCAAACUUAUGCUCAAAAUAACGACCAACAUUUUGGCUCUAGGGAUAAAAGUAGGUCCUUCGCUACUUUAUACGAGCCAAUCAAUGAUUUUCCAAUCCAGAGUUAUAACAGUAGCACUGGCUACUUGGCUAUCUCCGGGUCUACAAACGUCCAUAAUUACAACCCAACUUUUUCUUCUUACAAUUCUAGCAAUGAGGAAGAUAUAAACAAGGAUCCCAUGAUGAGCGAUUUCAGUUCAUAUUAUUCGCCCUCUGCUAGUACCACAGGCCGAAACUUUAAUAGGCAGCAUCAUCCUUUUACUCGAUCCACCAACUAUGCAAUGGCUCAAACGAUAGAUUUUUCUCCCUGUCAAAAGCUUUUAUCGGCGUCUUAUAACGAACAAAAAUUUUUGGACCGUUACGCCUCGGGUAAUUCGGAAUUUAAUGAUAACAAUUUUGCAAAUGAACAAUUUAUGUCUACUUCCUACAGACGAGCAAAAUCUCAGGAAAAUAAUCUUAAUCGGAUAAAUGAGAGGUCCAACGAUUCUUAUCUGACUCCCCAAUCCUGUGCUUUCAGAUUCAACAAUCACUCUCUCACUAAUUCACAUUCACAUAUAUUACUGAAAAAUGACAACAGUGAUAAAUUGACCCUCAAUUCGGGUAUGAUGCAUGAUUUCGAUAACUCUACAACCCAUAGCCUGGGUAAUCACAACACUGUUGCCCCUGAUAUGUUGGUUCCGCCUUGCGCAUCUCUUUCCAAUCUUUCAUCAUAUUACGGCUCCACUUCUAACCUAGAAUCCUUUUUGAUUCCUGCCGCCACCCUUUCCUCUUUUUCUAGUCAGGACGAAAUGUUCCACCUCAAAACCAGCAAUUUUAACUCUAAAUAUAGUAGGUCUAGCCCUGCCCGAAAUGAAGUUAACGCCACUUUAGAAAUGAGCGGAAUGGAUUAUAUAAAUAAUGAUUCAGCAAUUCUCGGAGACAUUCUCAUGAAUAAUUCUAUGGAUGACGAUAUCAACAUGAAAAUCGGAGGUAAUAAUGUAAACAUUAUAGAUGAUAGAUAUGACUCGAUUGCACAAGAUAUUGUUUUAGACAAUAUGACAAAUGAUCAACAAAGCAAUUCUUCUAUAUUAAACGUGGACGAUUUUUUGGAUAAAAUAAAUCACGAAAGUGUCAAAAUCAAUGGCAUCUCGACGAACGUUAAAUUUAUGGAUAAUGAAUCCAAGUCUAAAUACCUUUUUCCUAAUGAAAGUAAUAACGAAUCUCCUAUGCCACCAGAAACCAAUGAUAAGGAAUUAAAUUUUUUGGAAGGUGAAUCUCAAACCUAUAUGCAAAACCACAUUCCACACAUUAUUUUGACAGAAGUAAAUGAAAAGUUUUCAAGCAAUACCUCAGAUAACAACAUUUUCUCCCCUGUGGAAACCUAUACCAUUAAUAAUUCAUCAGAAGUCAAUCCAUUAUAUGAAUUAGGAUUUUAAAUGAUUAAAAAUUACAUUUGUGUGCAUCUCAAGGUUAAGUGAUCUGAUUGGAAUAUAAUAUUUACAUAAUUGAUUUAUAAAAUGUGAAG